GUGAUUUGGGGUCCCUGUGUUCGAGUCUUGCAAACCGUUUGAAAGCGUUUAGGAGUGGAAAAAUCUGGAUUGCUUACAAUCAAAUGUAGUUUUAAACUGGACAAGACUUGGGAAUCUUCAUACUAAUCUUUUAAAUGGGAGCUUUUCUAGACAAACCAAAGACUGAGAAGGAAACGAGGAAAGGGGAGGGAAAUGGGUUACGAUACGGAGUUGCCGCCAUGCAGGGCUGGCGUGUAGAAAUGGAGGAUGCACACUCGUCGAUAGUAUCUCUGUCCGAACAGCUAAAAGACUGGUCAUAUUUUGGUGUUUUUGAUGGCCAUGCAGGCGCUAAUGUUAGUAGGUUUUGUGCUGAAAAUCUUCACAGCUUCAUUUUAAAAAAUACGAAAUUUCAAGCAGCUAUCAAAGAGAAUUCUUCCUCGCCUGACUUGAACCUUCUUGAACAAGGGAUCUGUGAUGGGUUUUUGGAGAUGGAUGCUGCUAUGAGAGAGUUGCCAAACUGGAAGAGUGGGGAAGAUAAGAGUGGAUCUACAGCCGUCACUUUGAUAGUUACACCUACGUAUUUCGUAUUUGCAAAUUGUGGGGAUUCAAGAGGAAUUUUGUGUCACAAUGGCGAAGUGUUGUACAACACGGUCGAUCAUAAGCCAAGUCAUACCAACGAAAAAGAUCGAAUCGAAAAAGCUGGUGGAAGCGUUAUGAUUCAACGCAUUAACGGAGCUCUAGCAGUAUCCAGAGCAUUGGGGGAUUUCGAGUACAAAUUAGAUUUAAGUCGUGAUCCAAAAGCACAGCUAGUAUCUCCAGAGCCCGAGGUAUAUUUUCAAAGUCGAGGCGAGCACGAUGAGUUUGUGGUCCUUGCCUGUGAUGGGGUUUGGGAUGUCAUGUCCAAUUGUGAAGUUAGUGCUUUCAUUCGCUCUAGACUCCAAGUUACUGACGACUUGGAGAAAAUAUGCUGUGAACUACUCGACACAUGCCUAGCGAAGGGCAGUCGUGAUAACAUGAGUGUCAUUAUCCUUUUGUUACCUGGAUCACCUAAGGUUUCAGAAGAAGCCAUCAAACAAGAUGAACAACUAGAAGCUGAAAUCGAGAAGAAAUUAGCAGCUGUUAUUGAAAAGGAAAGUGGAUUUGAUUUAUCAGAGAUGACGGUAGGGUAUGCCAUAUCAUGCCUGUCUUCUGAAGAAAUAGAAGGUUUGCCACCAGGAGGUGGACUUGAGUCCAAAUCAAAUGUUAUUGAAAGAUGUCUUGAUAAACUUAUUGAUGAGAAGAGCAAAGAAAAGGACUUAAACCAGAAGAACUCGAGUAAGGAAGAGGAUGAAACGUGAACAUGAGAAAGUAUCUCUUUGGUGUAACUAAGAUAAGUGAUAACGACAGAGAUAUACUCAACCUGUCUUGAAAAAAAAAAUACACCGUUGAUUGAGGACGACUAAAAAGUGACUAGCCUUUCUAGUUUUCUGUAAAUUUGAUAUAACACAGUGAUUAGCUUGCAUUUAUACUAUGAAAUCAGCUCAAAUAAAUGUGUGAUUCAACUUCAUCCUAGUAGCUGCCUGUAAAUCUGCUAUAACUAUUGAUUCUGCAUGUUGGUAUAGAACAGAUUUUGAAUGAAUAUAUAAAAACAUGAGGUAUAUCACACCACAAAAUUAAUGUGAUGUUAGUGAAAUUACAGCACUCCAGCAAUAUCACUCACACUAUUCGAUGGCUUUAACAGAUAUUUUAAAUUCCAUUUUGCAGCCAUAAUAUAGGUAUGCCAUGUUUUUCUUAAUCAUUUGAAAACUAUCCUUUGUUUACUAGUGUUAGAGUGUUAAUAGUGGAAAUCUUUUUGGAAAUCUUGUCACCAUGAGAAUAAGUUACUCGUUGUGUACAUACUGUAGAACAACUUCUUGUCAUUGUUUAUUGGCAAUGUAAAGCAAUAAGUUUGCAAAUGACAUACCUGUAGUUUUAGACAAUUUAUGUACAUUUCCACAACUGAUCUAGAAAAUACUCAAUUUCAUUAUACCAAUACUUUGUGUGUGAACUUUCAAUCAAUUAUAUAACUUCAACAUACUACACAGUAACCAAGAUUUGAGGAUCAAAUCUACUGGGGGAACAUGCUGGGUGCCUUGCCUUUGACAAGCUGCAGUUUUCUAAAAUAUGUGAGACUUAUUUGUUUCUGUGUUGGAAGGUCAGUUGAUUGCAGUUUAUAAGAGGUGUGGGUUGUGAUGCAUAAGAUCACACCAACACAGGUUCUUGUAACAAAGACGAGUAUGUUUUAUGUUUGUUUUGGCAAUAAAAGUAGUGUUUAGCAGGAAA